AGUCGCGCCGGUGCUGGGCGAAGAAGCGGAGCCGGCGGCCGCUGGUGCUGUGCUGCUGCAUUGGAAUCUGCAGAUGCGGACGGACGUGUGGAAUAGGGAGCGCCCCGGAAUUUAAACCGCCCCUGGAACCGCGGCAGGCCUCCAUUUACAGUUUACUCCAGGAGUUGGCAACUUCCGCAGUUGGAGAGAAGAAGGAAAAAAAAGGGUAGGAUAUCUAUAAAGGCCUGGAAGGCAGUGAUGUGAACAUCAGUAAACUCUAAUGGUAUCACUACGACAUCUGGAAAUUUUCUAGCAGAAAAUGGCUCCAAAGGUUAAAUGAAGCUGGAAAAAUACAGAGAUACAGCAUUGAAGCCUCUCCAGAUGUUUGGGGAUAAUAUUCCAGAGAGAAAAUUGAUCCCUGUGGAUUAAGGAACUAGUCAUAAUGAAGAAAAUUAGUCUUAAAACCUUCCGGAAGUCUUUUAACUUGAGUAAAAGUAAAGAAGAAACUGAUUUCAUGGUAGUACAACAACCAUCAAUAGCCAGUGACUUUGGAAAAGAUGAUGCCUUGUUUGGUAGCUGCUAUGGUAAAGAUAUGGCCAGCUGUGAUAUCAACAGUGAAGAUGAAAAAGGUGGGAAAAACAGAUCAAAAAGUGAGAGCCUGAUGGGAACCUUAAAAAGGUGGCUUUCUUCUAAGCAGAAGCCAAAGGGCAAGGGCAGCACACCGUCAGGAAGCUGUGCCGAUGAGGACACCUUCUCCUCCUCCUCAGCCCCCAUGGUCUUCAAAGAUGUCAGAGUGAAAAAGCCAAUCAGGUCUACUUCCCUCCGCAGUCAGCACUACACCCACACGCCCUGGCCUCGCGGGCCCACAAACUCCGAGGAGACUUACAUCAAAACGGAGGUCAGGGUCAAAGCCUUGGUUCACUCUUCCAGCCCAAGUCCUGCACUGAAUGCUGUUCGAAAGGAUUUUCAUGACCUUCAGUCUGAAACUGUAUGCCAAGAGCAAAAUAAUUCUCUUAAGAGUUCUGAUUCUCCCAAUGGAGAUUUGCAUUUCCACCUGGAUGAACAUGUGCCUGUAGUUAUUGAACGUAAGCCCCAGGACUACAUUCAGUAUACUGUGCCUUUAGACGAGAGGAUGUAUCCUUUGGAAGGAUCACGUAGCUAUUGUCUGAACAGUUCUUUGCCCAUGGAGGUCUCUGCAGUUCCUCCUCAAGUGGGAGGGAGCUCUUUUGCUGAAGAUGAGAAUGAGGUAAACCAGGACCUAGUUGUUGCCCCAGAGAUCUUUGUGGAUCAGUCUGUGAAUGGCUUGUUGAUUGGCAUCACGGGAGUCAUGUUGCAGAGCCCCAGAGCAAGUCGUGAUGAUGUCCCUCCACUUUCACCUUUGGUACCUACAAUGCAGAAUAAUCAAAUCCAAAGGAACUUCAGUGGACUCACUGGCACAGAUGCCCACGUGGCUGAAAGUAUGUGUUGUCAUUUGAAUUUUGAUCCAUACCCUAACUCUGCUCCUGGGGUUGCAAGAGUUUAUGAUUCAGUGCAGAGUAGUGGUCCCAGGGUUGUGGCAAGCCUUACAGAGGAGCUGAAGAAACUUGCAAAACAAGGAUGGUACUGGGGACCACUCACACGCUGGGAGGCAGAAGGGAAACUAGCAAACUUGCCAGAUGGUUCUUUUCUUGUUCGGGAUAGUUCUGAUGAUCAUUAUCUUUUAAGCUUGAGCUUUCGUUCCCAUGGUAAAACACUUCACACUAGAAUUGAGCACUCAAAUGGUAGGUUUAGCUUUUAUGAACAACCAGAUGUGGAAGGGCACAGAUCUAUAGUUGAUCUAAUUAAGCAUUCAAUCAGGGACUCUGAAAAUGGAGCUUUUUGUUAUUCGAGGUCUCCAUUGCCCGGAUCUGCAACUUACCCUGUCAGACUGACCAGUCCAGUGUCACGGUUCAUGCAGGUGCGUUCUUUGCAGUACCUGUGUCGUUUUGUUAUACGUCAGUAUACCAGAAUAGACUUAAUUCAGAAACUGCCUUUGCCAAACAAAAUGAAGGAUUAUUUACAGGAGAAGCACUACUGAAAGACUGAGAACCCUGAAUCGUGCACUUUGGGAAAAAGAAAAAGAGGUUGAAAUACAGUUUCCAAACUUUUAUUGCCAUCAGAAUACUUUUGCUUCCAUAACUAUUUUAGUUUUCUGUGUAAUAGUCACCAAUUUGCUUAGGGGUGGGGAAGUGUCAGUGAGGUAUCUUUGGUUUAUUUUGAUUCUAUCAAAAGGGAUGUCUUGAUGUUCUAGAAGUGUGAAUUAUUUUUCAUUAAUGUACAGAAUAGUCACAAUGUGAAUUAUCAAAUUCUUAUUGCCCCCCGGUCCUUUGCUGCUAUCCACUGUGACUUUUAUGCAUUAAAUGCACAUUUCUUGUGUAUUCAGCCCUAAGUGAAGUUGAAUGAAGCUUAUAAAUGAAAAUUGCUUUGCCUUUUUAAAUGACCCAUUUUGAGAAGAUAAUAUUGAAUAAACGUGUGUAAUAAAACAAUUAACAUAUGCACU